AUGUAUCCAUCCAUCGACAUUGCUUGCCACAGCAAGCACAUCCCUGUCCCUGCUAGAGCAAAGCAUAAAAGAGAAGAUAUAGAAGCCAUGAAAGAUCUUUACACCAGCACCAAGUCCUUCAAGCAAGCUUUCCUCAAGAACCUCCUCCUCGCCCUGCACCUCCAAGCACGCACAUCAUCCUUCGUCAACGGCGCCAUGAGCCUCCACAUGAGGAAGUGUGCCUUCAUGUCCUCCGCCGACCUUGCCAUGGCGGUCGCACGUAGCGCCUCCUGCACCGAUGCGAAGUGGCCCAAGGCCAUCAUGGCCUUGGCCUCUGCGGCUCCCUCACCGUCGUCCGGCCCUUGCAAGAUGCAGAGGUGCAGGAGGAUCGUGAGGAGGUGCUGCCGCCGGAAGAGGAUCAGCUGGGGGAGAUCAGGCCGCCCCGGUGGUGCCGACGUUACAGGGAGGCUGGUGAGGAGCAGGAUCAUGGCGCUGAGGGAGGUGAUACCGGGAGGCCGGGACUCUGCCGUCGAUGAGGCCGCUCUGUUGCGCGAGGCCAUGGACUACGCCGUGCACCUGCACGCUCAGGUCGACGCGCUCCGCCAGCUCUCUGAAGCCGUGCAAACAUCUAGCUCCAGUGAUUCUAACCGUGCACUUAGAAAGGAGGCAUGA